CUCGGUAGCUGUCGGGUGUAGUCAGCUCACUGCUUGCUUCCUCUCGCUGCGGUGACUCAAACCGAACUUAUCUGGCUUGGGGGAUGCCUUCGUUCUCUGGGUGUUCUGAAGUUUACAACGAUGUCGGAAUCCAAGGAAGUCGUGGCCGUCAAAGUGGGCGUCAAGACGAGCAAAGGGGAUCAACUCACCACCCUUGACCUCACUUGUCCGCUUCGGGAUACUGUGGCCGACUUGUGUCAGCGAGGAGGACUCGCCAUGCCCGAGCACUACGCGCUGGCAUUUGCAGGAGGUAAGACCGGCUACAUUUGCGAGGAAAACAAGCAGACAAUACGGAAGGGAGAUCUCCUGCAGCUAGUUCGAAGCCCUGCCGUGGUAUGCAAAGAGAUCAUUGACAAGCUCAAUUUCGCCUCUCUGGACGAGAAAAUGGUUGCACUGAACGUGUUACUCGGUCACACGUCGGAUCCCGUAUUCGCGGUCGACUUCAUCAGCAACAAUGGCCACAAGCUACUCUUGAGCGCUCUGGAGGGCGGCCUCUACAAGGGACGCCUUCUCUGCAAGGUGCUGCAGUGCCUCCAGGAACUGAUGGAACACAACCUGAUCUCUUGGGACUUUCUGUCGGAAAAAUGUCUCAAUCGAAUCCUGAAAGAGACUAAUUCGCUCGGUGCUUUAAACGCCCUGACGAUGGAGGUAUGCCUGAGUGUGCUCGAGUCUGUGGUCAACAGCAGCCCUUACGCGUACGAAAUUGUUUUCACUGGACUGCCGUGGGACAGAUACGUGCAUUUUAUAGUUGAGGGUUCUAUUUCCAUGUUGAAGAACAGCGUGGUGCUUCUCAACACCCUCUUCGUGAAAGGCAAUCGGAGUCAGCAGCUCCAGAUUGAAGACGCCAUUUUGCGGUUGAAUAUGAAGGUCUCCAUAUGGAAGAGUCUGACGAAGAAAGGGAAUGUGGACGUCGAGCUUGCGCAAGUCUUGUAUAUGCUUCAAAGCCUGCUGCUAAACACGUACGAAGAAAAACGAACAGCCACGCUGGACAUCUCGAACCCGGUUCUAACGGAGAAACUGCAACUGCUUUUGAAAUUCGGGUUCUGCAUCAACCCCGAGGAACUCGACUUGAAACAACGAGGAUCUCGUCGUUUUUCGGCAGAGUACACGGCACUGGGUUUCCGGCACGUGGCUGCUCCGCUCAAGGAUUUUAUGUACCCAACUGGGAAAUUUGCCUUUGAAAACCUCUGUUAUUUUGCGGAGAACCACAGCGCGAGUUUCACUAGGGUGGUCCAAGAGAACGUGUGCUGUUCUCCUCAGCAUCGGUGCCCCCUUACUCAAAGCAGCAUCAUGCUCUCCGAACUCCUGUGUCGGAUAUUCAGGAUAGGAGAACCAAUUUCGGAUCAAGGAACUUUCUAUCUGAUGUUCUAUUCACACGACCGCUUCUUCGAGGAACUCUUUAGCGUCUGCAUGGUGCUCGUCUUCAAGACAUGGCGCGAGAUGAGGGCAACGACGGAGGACAUCCACAAGGUCUUCAGCAUUGUUAAUGAACAGAUUGUUCGUGCUCUGAGCUUGAACCCCCGAUGCAUCAAUAUCGAUGCCUUCCGCGCGACCUUUUCAUCUUUGCCAUACUCCGAGAUUAUGAACCAGUUGCACCGAGAAAGCGCCGAGAGGAAAGCGUUCGAGAGCCAGUCGACGGCCGUGAAGGAGCUUCGCGACUCUCUCAAGGACGACAUGAUGGAGCUCGUCAAAUCGAACCGCAUCAACGUUCUUGCCGAGGGAGCCAGAUUCCCAAAGUACAACGCCAAGGGUCAGCGCGUCAAAGAUCGCUACGUUUACGUCAAGCUGUCCCCAAACGGAAAAACUCUUCACUACGGAGACUGCGGCGCCAGCUGCGAGUACGCUGCCAUCGAAGACCUGACCCAGAAAAUCGUGGUUGCGGAUAUCGAGGCUGUCAACACGGGGAUCCACUGUCCGCAGGCGCAAGGGAGAUCCAACAGGGGGGUGAUAGACGUGGCGUUUUCGGUGGUGCCGUGCAACGGCGAAACGCCGCUGAAUUUAGUGGCGCCGAGCGUCAGGGUGCUGCAUCGUUGGGUGGACGGGCUGAACGCGCUUUUGGGCCACGAUGUGGAUAGCAUCGAGGCUCGUGGGGACCUGGGCGUCCUUCUGGACAUGGAAAUCAAGCUGAGACUCCUGGAGACCGAGGGCGUGCAGAUCCCGGACGUACCGCCCCCGAUUCCGCCCGACCCUGCCGACUUCGAUUUCUGCUUUAUGUGAAGUAUACGUAUGUAAUAUCCUGCCCGCCAACAAACGGUCUUUGUUUUUA